AGAGAAGCAAAAAAAUGUUUAUAUAUAUGCUGUUAUUCCCUUUCUCUUAGAAUGGGUCUGAAAUGUUCCUUCACACGUCCCAUCCGCUUCUUUCAUCUUUCUCCGCCGUGGAAUCACUUAGUUGCCAAUAAUUUUACACUUCUCCGGUGCCGGUAUCUUCGCCGUCGGAAUGCAUAAUGCUACGAUCUCUCGAGAUUUUUCCGCUUGAUUCUCACUUUGAGUGUGCUUCUUGUUGUUUACUGUUCUGUUACGCCGGCGGCUGGAGAACGGUGGUGUUUCCGACUGGAAUCCGAAGGGAAGAAGUUCGUAGUUUCCUGUUAUGAAGAUAUUUUUUGUAGUUUUCUUCGCUUGAUUGUGUUUUUUGUUUUUUUUUUUUUUUAUCUAAAAAAACUUUAUCCAUUCAAAUUGUUAGUACGAUUAGCUGUUUUAGUCUUUUGUGGUCUCUGAUAACGAUUGAUUCAUACUGUUCGAUCAAACAUGGCGAUCAUUCUUGAAUGUUGAAUUGGAUCGACUACCAAGGCGCGUGGUAGAAAAAUCUGAAUAGAAUUCAGGAUUGGAAGCUUUGUGGAGAGAUUAGGAGAAGAUGUUUGAUCUUAAUCUCAAUGUCGACUCGCCUGAUGCGACGCCGAAUGAGGACUCUGUCCUGUUCUUUGAGAAGCUUCCUCAAGGCUCGGGGAAUCAAAUGGAUGAAUCAGGAACUUCCAAUUCUUCGAUUGUCAAUGCGGAUACCUCCAGCAAUGGCGGCGAUGACGACUCGUGCUCCACACGCGCCGGUGGCGAGCUCUUCAUGAUCAACUUCGGGAUAUUGAAGUCUGGAAGCGCGAACGACGUUGUCACGAAGGAGCUUUUUCCAAUAGGUGGAACGGUGAAUCCUGACUUUGGGAUUCUUCAGGGGCAUAACUCUGCCUCUUCUUCGUCAAAUUCAUCGAGGAAGAACUGGAUCAACCUUGCGUUUGAUCGAAGCGGAUCAGCAGGGGAGGGGAGAAUGAUUCAACCGGUUCAGCCUCAGCCGGCGAAGAAGAGCAGGAGGGGACCGAGGUCUCGGAGCUCGCAGUACAGAGGCGUCACAUUCUACCGGAGGACUGGGCGGUGGGAAUCUCAUAUUUGGGACUGUGGGAAGCAAGUCUAUCUCGGUGGAUUUGACACAGCACAUUCAGCGGCGAGAGCAUAUGAUCGAGCUGCUAUCAAGUUCAGAGGGGUCGACGCUGACAUUAAUUUCAUCCUUAGUGAUUAUGAGGAAGAUCUGAAACAGAUGAAGAAUUUAAGCAAGGAAGAGUUUGUUCACAUACUUCGUCGCCAAAGCACUGGUUUCUCAAGAGGGAGCUCAAAAUACAGAGGGGUUACACUGCACAAAUGUGGCCGAUGGGAAGCUAGAAUGGGGCAGCUCCUUGGGAAAAAGUAUAUAUAUCUCGGGCUAUUCGACAGCGAGGUAGAAGCUGCAAGGGCUUAUGAUAAGGCUGCCAUCCAAUGUAAUGGGCGGGAGGCAGUGACCAACUUUGAGCCUAGCACGUACGGAGAAAGGGUUUCUGAGGGCAGCAGUGAAGGUUGUCGGAUCAUGCUUGAUUUGAAUUUAGGGAUUUCGCCCCUCUCAAUUGACAACCGUCCAAAGGAUAAUGAGGGGCACCUGCAGUUCCAAUCUGGUCCUUGUUAUGCUAAUGACAUGAGCACGAUGAUAGAGAGCAAUGCUGAUGCAGCAGUUGGCGAUCCAUCUUUGAAAGGGCCGGUAAUGGCAUCAGGGCAUGUUUCCUUAUGGAAUGGUUUACAACAACCUUGCUUACUUCCCAGUGAGGAACGCGUGACAGAGAAGAGACAUGCAUUAGGUUCAUCCCAAGGAGUCGUCCCCAACUGGGCAUGGCAAAUUCAUAACCAGGUUAAUGCCACCCAACUCCCAUUGUUCUCUGCUGCAGCAUCAUCAGGAUUCUCAUUUUCAGCUAUCCCGGCUGCCAUCCUUCCACCGCGCCAACCGGGCUCGACCGCCCAUAACCUCCAUUUCACUUCGGCCAAAGCUUCCCCCAACUCCCCUCAGUUGAACUCACAACAGCCACCACCAUAAAUCCUUAUUCUUCUACAUUACAGACUGUCAGCGGAACUAGGACUGUGAUUUUCAUGGUUCCUUGUUACACCUGCAGUUCCACUAAUAUGCUUUUGUGUCUGCCUGCCUGCCUGCCUGCCCGCCCGUCUGCCCGCCUGCCCGCCUGUGUAUGGGAACAGUGAAAUGUGGCCGAAAAUGAGGAAACGUGGUGCUCUCAUAUUCCCCCUUUUCUAUUACUAAAUUUUUAUGAAUACAGGUGGAGAAGAGAAUUUCAGAACAAACCAAUAAUUUAAGUUUUUCUGGAUAAACAUAGGAGGACAUUUCAAUUGA